CAGAACGGAGGGACUUGUAAUGCUCAGAGAGAUGUGGAACAAAAGGUAGAAGAUGUUCUGGAUGCAGGUGCUGUAGGUGGUCAGUAGCAGAUAUGACUGCCCUAAUGUUGGCUGUUUCACAGAAUUCAUCCAAUGUGGAUGACCUGAUGAGACUGGACAACCUUGUGGCCAGCACAGCUUACCUGAAUGCUCAGCAUGUAGACAGCAAUGAGCUGAGGAAGCUGAGACUCUCCAUGACGUUGCCAAAACCAAAGAGGACCUCUGCUCUGCGAGUGGAAGUGGGACGGAAGUACGAAUCUCUGUGUGAGCAACAGCCAAUCGGAAGAAAUUUGUUCCAGCAGUUCAUCCGGGCCACUAACCCGCAGUAUUUGGCCGCCAUUGAGUUUCUGGAGGAGCUCAAUAACUGGAGCUUUACUGAAGAUGAAACCAGAGAGAAGGUCAAACAGAGCAUCCUCGCUAAGUUCUGUCAACCAGAGUCGAAAAGUUUUCUCUCCUACCUCACAGGAGAGGCAGCUGAGAAACAAAAGAAGUUAUCAGAGAAGAACUUCAAUGAGGUGGUGAUGGGCCAGAUUAGAGAAGCCACAAGGGACUUUCUGAAGGGGAGACCUUUCUCAGAGUAUCUGAAAAGCCCCUAUUUUUACAGGUUCUUGCAGUGGAAGGAGCACGAGAAGCAGAAAAUAAGUGACAAAUAUUUUUACGAGUUUCGGACUUUGGGAAGAGGAGGCUUUGGUGAGGUGUGUGCAAUGCAGGUGAAACACACAGGCCAGAUGUAUGCCUGCAAGAAGCUUGACAAGAGGCGCCUGAAGAAGAAAGGCGGCGAGAGGUUUGCUCUCCUGGAGAAGCACAUCCUGGAGAAGGUCAACAGUCUCUUCAUCGUUAACUUGGCCUACGCUUACGACAGCAAGAACCACCUGUGCCUGGUCAUGGAUCUCAUGAAUGGAGGAGACCUCAAGUUCCAUAUCUAUGAGCUUGGGGAGUGGGGUAUUCGCCUUGACCGUGUCAUUUACUACUCAGCCCAAAUAACCACUGGGAUUCUCCACCUGCACGCGAUGAACAUCGUGUACAGGGAUAUGAAGCCCGAGAACGUGCUGCUUGAUGCCAAAGGACAGUGUCGGCUGUCAGAUCUCGGAUUGGCUGUGGAGCUGCCAAAGAGCAAGACGAUCUGCCAGAAGGCUGGUACAACUGGUUACAUGGCUCCUGAGAUUCUGAGGCAGGAGAACUACCGCAUGUCUGUGGACUGGUGGGCCCUCGGCUGCAGCAUGUAUGAGAUGGUUGCCGCCCGUUUGCCUUUCAAAGACUUUAGAGAAAAGGUGCAGAAAGAGGAGGUGACUCGUCGCACACUUGAUGAUGAGUGCAAGUUUGAACAAAAACUCUUUGACGAUACCACAAAGGAUAUCAUCAGUCGCUUUCUUAAGAAGAAGGUGGCACAUCGUCUGGGGUGCCGAAGUGGCGAUGACCCACGAAACCAUUCAUUUUUCAAGAGCAUCAAUCUCCACCGUCUGGAGGCCGGGGUACUGGAAGCCCCAUGGAUGCCAAAACCCGACAUCGUCUAUGCCAAGGAUGCACACAAGCUCAGGGAAACCUCUGAUAUCGAGGACAUUUUGUUUGAUUCCAAGGACAUGAAAUUCUUCAAGGAGUUCAACACGGGCGCCGUCGCCAUCCAGUGGCAGAAGGAGAUGAUUGACACUGGAGUGUUUGACGAACUGAACAGCCAGGAACGAAAUGGUCAUGGUUAUGAGAGCGACUGGAAAUCAAGGAUGUGCAUCAUUUUGUGAGCAUUCACAUUCCUAAUUACUUCCAAAUACUAAAACAAGUGCCUCAAGUAAGUCUUUUAAACUGCUGCUAUCUUUUCCGUCAUCUGAAAGUUUUGUGUGACCAAACAGGAAUUAUACGUGUCUAUCUCUUAAAAAAACAACAUCAUAUUGUUUUUGGUGCUACAGCAAAACUAAAUGAGACAUCUGCCUCAAUGUUAAAAUACAUCUUGACUUUUAUGUUUUCAGUCUCAAAAUGGUAAUGGAUGGUAAAACAUUGAUAAUGUUCUGCAACUGCUGCUAUAUACUUUUCCCUCUACUCCUGGUGAGAUAGCACAUUCAUAGUUUCCAUUACAUCACUCAGCCAUUUUGGCAGGCCAUAGUGUUUACAUGUGUUUGUAAGUAAGCUCCCCAAUGGCUGCAUGUCUUUAAACAGCAGCAGGAUUAUCUUCAAUAUUUGCACCAACGUGCCACAUUGGUUAGAUAGAUUGAACUCUUUACAGUAAUGCCAUGAAUGCCUUCUGCUUCUAUGACCUCUGUGCUGCACACUGAAUGUCUAUCAGUGGCAGACUUUCACCACUAAGUGCCGCCAGACACCCAUGAAGUGCAUUGAGCCUCCUGCAGCGCUCUUCAUCCUCCCCGUCGACUUGGCUGUGCAGCUCCUCUGGUAUUUAUAAGCACUGGAUGACUCGUUCAGGUUUAACAAGGGGAUGCAGGGAGACUGUUUGUCGUACACACAUUGUUUUUCCACUAAAUUAAAAAAAGUCACCCAUUGAAUUUUCAGCUUAAGCAAUGCAAAACUAACCCCCCUUUUAACACCCCCCCCCCCAUCACCCAGUGUUUACAAGCCAGUCUCAGAAAGACAAGUUGUCAACUUAAAACAUGGCCACAAAAAACAACAUCAAUGUUUGUUAUUGUACAAUAUCCAUACUGUUGUGAAUGGAUUCUGUAUAAUUGAUUAUUCUUAUACAGUAGUUGAUGACAGUGAUUAGAGAUAUUUGAACUCUACUUAAAGAAACAAAGGAGAUUUAAUUUAUUUUCUUUUUCAUUAUGUUUUUUUGGUGAGGUAGAGAGGUCAUGAGUAGGAGAUAGAAGGUGGGUAACAUGACCUCUUGUCAGACUCAAACCAGGAACUUUGCAAACACAAAUCUAAAAUCUGUAAUACCAAAUGUGUCUUAUGUGUAUUUGUCAUUUUUAACCUUUGUUUUCCUCCAGCCUGCUAUUCUUAAGUUAUCCAUAUGUGUCAUAUUUUACUCAAAUCUUACUGUACAUACAAAGCUGGAUUGUCAGUGCCAAAGAUCAUUUUAACAUUCAGGGGGGUUUUGCUAUGAUGACUUAACAUUAUGUAUAAUGUGACAGUUUUGCACUGUAGGGAUGUUUUUAUAUGGUUUGCUACUUAGCUCCAAGCAGACAUGUAUCCAAACAUUCUGUUUACUCUGUUUUCACGUGAUAAGGAGCACUUUUUGGUUGUUUUCUCAAGAUCUCAACUUAGUUAUUUCAUUAACUCACUGGUUUUCUCACUGUAACAGAUUAUUUAUCUUUUUUAUCUUUUUAAAGAUAGAUGAGAUUAUUGUCUCCUGAUAAAAGGAUAUUUUUCUGAGAGUCCAGAUAACAAAAAGAGUGGCUGCUCACUGUGAUAGGGCAGGCCACAUCAUACCAUACUGCCAUUGGCCACACUAAUAUGGUAAGCUUUUGCAACUCAAGAUAAAUAAGUCGAGAUCCUCAAGAAAACAAGCACCAAUUAGUGUUUUAGCUGUCCACAGGAGGCUUUAAUUACUUGUUACCAAAAUAGUGUAAAUAUAAUGAAUGGAUGCAUGUCCUCUUUAGGCGUCCAUACUUUGUGAUACUUUGUUGCCUCAUUCAGAUCUUUUCACAAUGUGUUUUUGCUCUUUUCUAUUAAACUUUAAAGCAAUGCCUUGUGCUUCACUGCUGUGGUGAUAAUUUUUAACAAAUAAGUCAUCAUGGUGAUGACAUUCAAAGUUAAAGCAUAGCAGUGAUGCAGUUACUUUGAUUAUCCUCUUGUUGCUCAUCUCUCCGCAGAUGUAUCAUCCAUCAAAAUAUAUCCAAACAGCGUGAGUAGGAAGGAGCUUGACUCUUUAACUGUGCUGUAACCGCACUACAUUUAUUGCUACUGCAUUAUGUAACCUCAAUAUUUGAUUCAGAGUGUAUCAUCCUUCACUUGGUGUCUCACUCCAAAACCUCAAACACUUUUAGGUAAUGAGGGACACAUAAACAUGUGUUGUGCUAAUUCCUGUGAGAGGCCAACCUUACAGGGCUGAGAAGUGGUUCCGUUCACGCUUGACUAUCAUGAGAUUAGAGGCUAGUUCAGACGGAAAUCCAAGACGCAACUCGAUCAUCGUCGGCUGUGAAGGCAGAGUGGGGAGUCCACUGUGGAUGACGUGACGACAAGACAAGGUCUCCAAGAACAUGUUUUUACCAGGCGCCUACAAGCCUCUGCCAGGGUCUAGUUCCCCCAUGGCCCAACGCUUCAACUUCUGUCCUCUGAUACACACACUGCAGCCACUCAGCAACCAAACACGCAUACACAAACAGACUGCAAAAAUCACUGCACAUUUGCACUUUUGCAUGCGGACAUACAGAUAUGCAUGCAUUUAGAAGAAGUGUAGAUUUGUGUUUUUAUUAUGUGAGUGAAGACAAGCUCCAGACACUUUAAAGAAGUUUGUUUCAUGCACACACACACAUACACAC